UAAAUACCAACCCCUCAAUCUUCAGGCCUUUUCCAAAUUUCUCUCUCGCGCCGGGCUCCACACUUCUAUAUAAUAUUCAAUAUAAUAUAUGUUGUUACGGUCUCCGAGACUUGGCACUUCUUCUCACUCUGGAAUUUCAAUUUCCCGUGAAACUCACAUUUUCCGAUCAAGAAGCUUGCGAAAUUCAGAAAUGUCACCUCCGUUACUUUCCUUGGCUCUACCUUCGGAGACCGGUCGAGUUCUCAGCAUUCAAUCUCACACAGUUCAGGGAUAUGUUGGAAAUAAAUCAGCCGUCUUCCCUCUACAACUAUUGGGCUAUGAUGUGGAUCCAAUUAAUUCAGUGCAAUUCUCAAAUCACACAGCCUUCUUGAAAAAUGAUGCAGGAUACCCAAGUUUUAAGGGACAAGUUUUGAAUGGACAGCAGCUAUGGGAACUAAUAGAAGGCCUUGAAGCGAAUAAUUUAUUAUACUACACUCAUUUACUAACAGGUUAUAUUGGUUCGGUUUCUUUUUUGAACACUAUAUUGGAAGUUGUCAAUAAGCUUCGUUCUAUAAACCCGAAACUUAUAUAUGUCUGUGAUCCAGUUCUAGGUGAUGAAGGAAAGCUCUAUGUCCCUUCAGAGCUGGUAUCAGUAUAUCGUGAAAAGGUUGUCCCAGUGGCUUCAAUGUUGACUCCCAACCAGUUUGAAGCAGAACAGUUGACUGGAUUCAGGAUUGGCUCUGAAAGAGAUGGUCGGGAAGCUUGUAACAUCCUUCAUGCUGCAGGACCAUCAAAGGUAGUGAUUACAAGCAUAGUUAUUGAUGGCAGUCUUCAUCUUAUUGGCAGUCAUCAGAAGGAGAAGGAUCAAUCUCCUGAGCAAUUUAAAAUUGUUAUUCCGAAAAUUCCAGCAUAUUUCACGGGAACAGGAGAUCUUAUGACCUCUCUUCUACUAGGUUGGAGCAAUAAAUAUCCUGACAACCUUGACAAGGCAGCAGAGCUUGCAGUAUCAAGCUUGCAGGCACUUCUGCAGAGGACACUGAAUGACUAUAGAAGCGCGGGAUACGAUCCCCAAUCAAGUAGUUUGGAGAUUCGUUUGAUUCAAAGCCAGGAUAACAUUCGCAAUCCACAAGUUGCAUUCAAAGCUGAAAAAUUCAACUAAAUGGGUGAUAUGCGGUGGGGCAUAUUUAAUAAUCAUGCUUAUCUGAUACAAUUUAGCAUUAUUUAUAAAAAGAAAAUGUGAUUUCAUCCU